GUGGCCAUCCCACGAGUUCAAUCAAGACAAGACAAGACAAGUAGUAGCUGUGCUGUAACUAGCUAUAAACUAACUAUCGACGUUUGUAAGUAGUACAAGUAUUAUACUAGCUCUAUAUAUACCAUCUAGACUUCACCGUUAAUCUAUCAAGCGAUGUACUGGAAACACUGGAAAACUCAAUUCUAAAGAAGGAGGAACAUCAAAUCCGCUGUCUCAAUAAUAACCAACCCUCCAUAGUAGCCAUGGAUGCUAGAAAGAGUCCAUCCUCCCCACGGAAAGAUUCUCCCCCCAACACUAGCCAUAAGACCCUCAAGCAGAGAGUGGACAGACUAGACUCCACUGUGACAGCCCUGCCAUUAGCCUUCACUGAAUAUCUGGAGGCAUUCGGCUCUUUCUGUCUGGCAGGGAUUAAACUGGCAUCGCUAUUGGAGACGUUUUUUCAAGACACUCCAGUGCUAACGAUUGCACUACGGUUUAGGGAAGCGUGUGAAUUGCUGGGGGAUAAGUGCUCUAAAUCUUCGCUGUUUUUGAAGCAAGAAUUGGUACCCCCCGUGAGGAGGUUCGGACCCACACUGGGGGUCCUCAGAAGCAGAGUGGAAACGCACGCUAAAGUUCUGUCAAAACACGAGUCGUAUUUGAAACAGUUGGAGUGUUUGAAAUCAUCACAGAACCCCAACCGCACCAAAGUGGAGCAGGUUGAGGAAAAGUUUCAAAACUCUGCGUUGGAUUUUGCGAAGGAAGACUCUAAACUAGCGGAGUCCCUGAACGAAGUCAGCACUAUGAGGAUUGAGGUGAUGGGCUCGUGUUUCCUAAGUUUUCUCGAGACGCAGUCUAAACUGCUGACGUCAGCAUCGGACAUCAUGGGACCCUUGGGAGCAUAUAAAGAAGUGGGAAAAGGGUUAAAUGAUUCUCCCUCCAACUCAACAGUCAAGGAGGCCACUGUCGGAUGGUUGGCGGCCGCACAGAUCAACCACAACCUUCGUUCCUUUGGAGCCCUCAGUCGCAAUGAUGUCCAGUGCAUGAUGUAUAACCAGGGCGAUAAUCUCCCAGACACCAUCAGGAAUGGUCUCAACCACAAGGUGGACUCCCUGCUCAAGACAUAUGGCCUGGAGCUGACACGCUCCCCCCACCCACACUACAAGGUACUGGGAGGUUUCCAUCUCAAUCCAAAGGGAGUGGAAAUGGCAAUGAGAGACUGCUGUACAGAGCUAGAGGCUAGGGGGGCUGGCGCUGCACAUGCCCAGACACGCUCAGAGAAGGUGGAGCAAGUAUCUCGUGAUGUUCCUCGUACUUCAUAUCGUAUCCAUGGGGUGGACUUUGGUUGUGCCAUGGGAGACCAGCUAGACAACAACAUCAGGCAGAAGCAGGACGCUAUCUCCGCCCUCGUUCAGUCUCUCCCCGUCUGCACACAGCCGCCUGGAGUUAGCAAAGAACGAAUAAAAGAAUUUGCUUUUCACGUUUUGAAUGAGUCGUGUACCACGGUAACCAACACAGCGGCCAAGACCACAGUGCAGCUCGUGUUCGGGAAGGCCAACCUUGUCAGUCAGAGUCCAGUGUUGGUACGUCCAUCCUCAUCUGCAAAGGACAAUCGUCCAAUCAAAAUCAACCCGCGUUCUGCUGACUCAUCUAUCCAGAUAGUGGUGGAGUCCUCAUGGUGGUUGGUGGAGGACUAUGCUGCCUUCUCCAUGCUAUUCCGUCAGAUGGACCCCAACGCAGUGUUGGGUGUGGUUGAUGCUACCUACACCAUACACCUCACUCUCACCAACUUCCUCAAGGAGGACUCUCGUCCCGAGCUCCCCCACAUAGCAGUCACUUAUCGACAGGGGGUGGAGUCAGCCCCACCCACUGCCCCCUCUCCCAACAAGAAGCUGCACACGAUCAACAGAGCCUUCAUGUCCCUACUCAGGAAGUCCAGCCACUCAAAGUCACAUGAUCUAAUCUCCCGCUCACCCAAACCAGCCUCUUUUCAUAGCUAUGUUGACAAGGAUGAAGAUACCAAGAGGGCCGGUAGGGGAAGUCCCUUUGAGAAAGGCCCCACCCACUCGAACACGGACAAGCCCACCCCUCCAUCAUCACGCAACACUUCCAGUGGUGAUUCAGAUGCCCUCGAGGUGUCCACCAGCUCUACAGCACCACAGCUGCCUCAUGUCCCAACCUACACUACCACACGUAGUGAUAGCCUCAGUCGCAGUACCACCUCACGCCCACCUGGCCCCACCUACCAUCUACACCACCCCCUCCGGAGAAGAGGAAGCAACGAGUCAAUGAGCAGUCAGUCUACCCUCGUGAGGAGAGAGGAACCAUACGAUGAUCUUGACCCUUCUUACGGGAUAAUGGACAUGAUUGGAUCAGAGCUUGGACGUGGUCAACUCACUGAGUCACGCAUCAAUGCUCACAUGCAGUUAGAGGCACGGAAACAUGGCGGGGGGUAUCAUCGUAGGGGGGAGGAAUACGAAGAGGGAGAUAGCUUUGUGGGGGGUAAGCCCCCUCGGAGGAGGCGGAGAGAUCAACGUAUUGGACAGUUGGUUGUGACACCUGAACACGAAGGGUCUGGUCAAAAUGACCUCCACCACCGCGGUGACACGAUGUCUGUGAGUCCAAGCAGUGACACCACUGCUCAAGUACAUAUAGCUUCAGACACAGAGGUCCAGAACGUCAUUGACUUUCUAUCCAACUCUGUGUACUCCCCAGACCCCCAACAUUCGGCCGAGGUAGAGACAGCAGGAGAACGAAGUGAGAGGGCCUCCGGGGGAUAUCCCACGGCUGGUAGCUACAGAGGAGAACGUGCCCCUCCCACUAGCAGUGAUAACAGCAGCAGUGGAAGCUCUGGUAUUGGAACAGAGGGACAGUUUCGUGAGGGACGGGAUCCAGUACGGUCACGAUCUACUAGCAUGUCUCCUGUUGGACCUGCUGAUGUGGAACGGAAUGGACUCGGUUCAACUGAUUCUGGAAUCAAUGUAACAGCUCAGCAAUCUCGACAUAGAUCACGUGAUCGUUCGUAUGACGUGGGAGGGAGAAUAUCGAAGGACGAGGCAGAAGCUCAGGAGAGAUCUAAGAAACGCAAGUCCAAGGAAGUGCUGGAUUUCAGCGGAGGAUUUGGACCAAUCACAAAUCCUGUCGUGGGCGGAGACAGGUUUGACCUGCUGGGGGAGAGUGUGGACUACAAGAUGAUGGGCUUGGACUUCUUCAAGACCAUGUCUGAUGACGAGUCAGAGCACUCAGCGCGUCUGAGCAUCCCUCCUCUAUCAUCCCCAAGUAGUGGUGGCAGUCAGAGCCCCCUGGUCAGGACACGCAGUGCUGAGAACAUCAGCUCAGUGGAGAGACCUUCUUCUCGUGUGUCCACCCACUCAAUGCCAUAUGUGGACAUGGGUGGGCGUGGCUCUACCACUAGUCUGGAGGGGGAGGUCAACUUCAACCACGCCCCCGGUGGAUAUGUACCUCCACGAAGGGCCCGCCCUUACUCUGAUUAUGAGUAUGAUGACAGGCUCUCACAAGAUUCUGUGGACGGAAGUGGGCGUGGCUCACUGUCUCAGGGUUCCCAUGACAACCACACGGAAUGGGAAUGGGGUCAUCACGAGGUCAGAGGUCGGCCACACCCCAUGCCCCCUCCUCAUCGUGAUGGAUAUCCAAUGGAUUACGGCCGCCCCCCUUAUGAUUAUGGUGGACCACCACCCCCUCCUAGGGGUCAGGGUCCACCGUACGAUUCUCCACACAUGCACGAACAACGACAAUCUCGUCCAAUGCAUCAACACCCAAUGGUUAACCGUGACGAUUACUCUCCGUCUCCUGGUCCCCAUGGUUACGAUCGAGGAUUUCGUCCACCUCCUAUGAUGGGUGGUCCUGGCCCUGGAGGUCCGCCUCCUUGGGGGGGUGGAAACUAUGACCCGAAUUUUGACCCCCAGAGGAUGAGAGGGGGUCCACCACCACCUCCUGGCCCCCCAAUGGGGGGUCACCAUCCACCUCCUAUGCCAGAUAGAAACUUUCGUCCAGUUCCCUUCCGUUCAACAACCCCAUCUGAUGCCCCCUCCCCCGCUAGUAUGCCGUCAAUGUCUCCCGCCCCCUCCCCACGUCCCACACCACCGCCCACUCCACCACCUAAUCCUAACUUCAUGGGACAUCACGGGCCUCCGCUACCUGGACCACAUCCCCGGCCACAUCCACAGCACAUGCAGGGUCCAAUGGGUCCAAUGGGUCCCCCUAGGAUGAGACCACCACCCCCACAUCAUGGACGGCAGUGGGAGGGGCCACCACCAAGGGACUUUCCCCCACCACCUAGAGGAAUGAUGGGACCUCCAGGCCCGUGUCUCCCCCCACCUCCGAUGGGCCACUCCCCCGGGCCGCAUAUGCCCCCCGGACCACUGCCGCAUAUGCCCCCCGGACCACUACCACGAUAUCCUAACCACCCCCCAGAGUGGUCAGAUCGUCCCCCUUGGUGAUUAACCUCUUUGCUGCUGAUUACCUCUUGCGUGAUUAACUCUUUGAGUGCUGAAUAAUUUGUUGGUACAGAUUCACUACAUGUGCUAUAAUAAUAAUAAUUACUUCGAGUUACUUUUAAUUAUCUUUACUUUAAUCUUUAAUUGAUUCUACUAAUGACAUAAUUUGUAAAGCUACUUAGUUCCUUAUUUAUAAAUUGUACAUUAUUUAAUUUCCUUAUUCCAUAAUAAUAAUCAUCACAAUGCUGUUAUAAAUUUGUUGUGCUACCCAAUUAACUGUCAACACAUGUUGCUAAAGUAAUAUGCAAAUAAAAUUUAUGUGGGACUUACCCAUUCUAUAUACAUGUAGUAUUUAUUUGACAUAAAUUAUAAUAAGUACAUUUGAUGUACACACAUCAUGAAACUUGUGCAGGACAAUAAAGUACAGUAACA